AUGUUGGAGCUCAUUUCUCCUUCUCUUUUGUUUCACAUCUACCUGCUUCCACUGGCUCAGAUUCUGAAAAACAACAAAAUAUGUUAUCACAACUAUGCAGAUGACACUCAAAUUUACAUUACCUUAUCACCAGGGGACUAUGGUCCAAUACAGGCACUCAGUAAAUGCAUUGAGCAAAUCAAAGAUUGGAUGUGCCAGAAUUUCCUCCAAUUAAACAAAGACAAAACGGAGGUAAUUGUUUUGGCUAAGGAGCAACGACUUAAUGUCAGUGCUCAGCUUCAAUCUGUAAUGUUAAAAACUAUAGACCAAGCUAGAAAUCUUGGUGUAGUCAUUGACUCAGACCUGAAUUUCAGCAGCCACAUCAAGCAAAUCAUAAAGUCAGCCUACUAUCAUCUUAAAAAUAUAUCUAGAAUUAAAGGGUUUAUGUCUCAGCAGGAUUUGGAAAAACUUCCAUGCAUUAUCUUCAGCAGACUUGACUACUGUAAAGGUGUCUUUACAGGACUCCCUAUGAAAUCAAUCAGACGGCUGCAGCUCAUACAGAAUGCUGCUGCUCGAGUCCUAACAAGGACCAAAAAAGUGGACCACAUCACUCCAGUUCUGAGGUCUUUACACUGGCUACCGGUCUGGUCUAAAUUUAAAUUUAAAAUCCUUCUUCUGACCCACAAAGCUCUUAAUGAUCAGACACCUUCAUCUAAAGAGCUCAUUGUGCCCUGUUACCCCUGUAGAACACUACACUCCCAACAUGCAGGCCUGCUGGUCGUACCUAAAGUCUCUAAAAGUAGUAUGGGAGGUAGAGCCUUCAGUUAUCAGGCACCU